ACGUCUACACUUGCCAGUAAAUAGUAUUGAAAGUUACUAUUUUAUUUGUGUGUUAUUGCUUACUCGUACAUAAAUAAUACUUGUGAAGUAUGAAUUUGCCUUCGUGGCUAUUUGAUAAAAAAUUUUUUGAUUCAAUAGUUUUAAUAUGACUAAACUUGAGACAAACGACUCCAAUACAAUUAAAUAUUAUUAUGUCAUAAUUAAAUGAUAAUUACCAUUCAAAACACAUAAGUAUAGUUAAUAAUAAAUACUUUUAUGAAUUAAAAAUUGGUAUAUAGUUGAAAAUAAUAAGCAAUAACAAUGAGAUCUUCAUUAACGUUUCGUUAUUUUAAAUUCUUCGCCGCUCUUGGCACUGGAGGUAUUCUUGCCUGUUGUCUCUUAAUGUAUCUCUUAUUAGAUUUGACAUUUACACCAAAAAAAACAGCCAUCAAAGAUUCUGUUGAAAACAAUCAAUGGGUUCAUCUUGAAAAUAGACUGACUAAAUUAGAGGAAGAUUUAAGUAAUCAUCAUAAAGUAAUUGAUUCAAUAAAGGAAGCAUCAAAUUCAAUGCAAGGUGGACAUCAUUCAGUGAAUAAUAAGAAAAACAACGAUUUUACAGCAUCAAAAAAAUUAUUAACGUGUAAUUUCGAUAUGGAAAAAGCUCCAGAAGUUGAUAUCCAAAUGUUAGAUUUAUACCGUCAAUUAGAAUUCGAUAAUCCCGAUGGUGGUGUUUGGAAACAAGGUUGGGCUAUACGUUAUGACGAAAAACAGUGGCAUCCUAAAAGAAAGUUAAAAGUAUUUGUUGUUCCUCACUCUCACAAUGAUCCAGGAUGGUUAGACACGUUUGAAAAAUAUUAUGCCCAAAAAACACAACGUAUUUUAAAUAAUAUGGUGAUGAAGUUAGCUGAAGAUAAACGGAGAAAAUUUAUUUGGGCGGAAAUAUCAUUUUUCAAAUUAUGGUGGGAUGAGCAGACUAAAGCAACACGCGAAAUGGUGAAGCGUUUAAUUGUUGAUGGACAAUUAGAGAUUGUAGCAGGUGGUUGGGUAAUGCCUGACGAAGCUGUAUCUCAUUGGAUGGCUCAGCUAACUCAAUUGACAGUAGGUCAUCAGUGGUUGAAAACAAAUCUAGAUUAUCAGCCUACCAGUGGAUGGGCUAUCGAUCCUUUUGGAUUAUCACCUACUAUGCCAUAUUUAUUAAAAAGUGCUGGAUUAGAGAAUGUUCUUAUUCAACGGGUUCAUUAUGCGGUUAAAAAACGUUUAGCUAGAGAUAAACACCUUGAAUUUCGGUGGCGUCAAUUAUGGGAUACCACUGGUUCAACUGAAAUAUUAACACACUUAAUGCCAUUCUAUAGUUACGAUGUACCACACACAUGUGGUCCCGAUCCGAAAAUUUGUUGCCAGUUUGAUUUUUUCCGAUUACCUAAUUUCGGAUUAAGCUGUCCAUGGAGGGUACCACCGCAGACAAUUACAAAAAAAAAUGUAGCAAUGCGUGCUCAAUUAUUAUUAGAUCAAUAUAGAAAAAAGUCACAAUUAUUUAAAUCAAAUGUAGUAUUAGCACCGCUGGGUGACGAUUUUCGCUAUGCCCAAAGCUCUGAAUGGGAUGCGCAAUUCGGUAAUUAUCAAAAAUUAUUCGAUUAUAUGAAUAAAAAUGAACAAUUAAAUGUAGAUAUUCAAUUUGGAACACUAACUGAUUAUUUCAAUGCUUUAAGAGAUGAGCAAAAUAUUAAUGAAUUACCUAGUUUAUCUGGUGAUUUCUUUACGUAUGCUGAUGAAAAUCAAGAUUACUGGAGCGGAUAUUAUACCUCACGUCCUUUCCACAAGAGACUUGAUCGUGUUCUUUUAGGUGCGUUGCGGGGAGCUGAAAUAUUAUCAGCAAUAGCGUGGGCACGUGGUCAUGAACAUUUAGCAGAAAGUACCAAUGAAAAACGUAUGGUUGAAGCAAGACAAUGGCAUUCGCUGUUCCAGCAUCACGACGGUGUGACUGGUACUGCAAGAGAUGAUGUUGUCAUUGAUUAUGCACAAAAAAUGAUAAACUCUCUCAACAAUACAGCUCAUAUUAUUCAACAGUCUGCAGCGCACUUGUUAAGAAGUGCCCAAGGGUCAGCUUUACAACAAGAAUCUCUCUAUUUCUCUCUAGACGAAGUUAGAUCUCAUCAUACAAGUAUUGGCGAACGAUACGUACUUGCACUUAGUAGUGAUCAACCUUCAAAGAAAGUUAUUAUUUAUAAUUCAUUACCUCGCCAACGAACGAAAGUUCAAACAAUAAUAAUAUCAACACCUUACGUAAGAGUUACCGAUCGUAUGGGCCAACCAGUACAGUGUCAAAUAUCACCUGUUUGGGUUGGUCCAGUAGCAAUGUCAGGUGCACGCUAUGAAUUAUCAUUUGUUGUUACUGUACCUGGUUUCGGGCUCAAUACAUACUUAAUUCAUUCUGUUUAUAAUAAUAAUUUACCAGAAAGUGUUUAUUUAGCAAAUAUAACAUUAUUCAAUACCGCAAUAACGCCAUCAAAUGUACCAGGAUUUACGGACGUCAAAGUACUCCCGUCAACACAAGAAUUUUCAAUAACUCAACGUCCAGAAAUUUCAGCAGCUUUCUCAAAAUCUGGAUUACUUAAAGCCAUUAAAAUUGGAGAAACUACUGUUCCAGUACACUUGGAAUUUGUUAAAUAUGGAACUCAAGGUAUAGGACAUCAUCGGAGUGGAGCUUACCUAUUUAUUCCAGAUAAACCAGAACCUGAUCCAAUUUAUAUGAAUAAUGAUCGCACCAUUCACUUAGUCACAGGGCCUAUUUUAUCGCGAGUUUUUAUACAAUUACCCCAUCUUAAACAUACUUAUACGUUAUUUAACUCGCCUGGUAGUGACGGAUUAGGUCUUCAUAUUUCUAAUGAAGUUGAUAUUACUGAAACACAAAAUUUUGAAUUGGCAAUGCGCUUAAGUACAAACAUUGCGUCUGGUGAUCAGUUUUUCACUGAUUUAAACGGCCUGAAUAUGAUUAAGCGUCAAAGAUUCCCAAAAUUACCCACUCAAGCGAAUUAUUAUCCCCUUCCAGCAGCUGGUUAUAUUGAAGACAAAAAAGUACGAUUAACAGUUAUAACUGGACAACCUUUAGGAGCUUCAUCAAUGGCUUCUGGACAAUUUGAAAUAAUGCAAGACCGCAGAUUAAUGCAAGAUGAUCGACGUGGUCUUGAGCAAGGAGUUAUUGAUAAUUUACUGACGAAUCAUCAGUUUAUGCUAGUCUUAGAAAAAAAGAAACAAUCCUGCAGUAGUUCACCGGUGCCUAAUCAUCCUGCAGGAACACUUUCUAUUGGUGGAUUAUUAGCGUCAGAAGAACUUUUACAUCCUCUUGUUGCUAUGCAUCCACAUCCGUCGUCAGAUAUAGAUUAUAAUGGCCAUUUUUCACCGCUUCGUUUUGAUCUUCCUGUAGAUCUAUCAAUUGUUAAUCUUCGUGUUUUUCCAGUACCUGAAGGUGCAGGUAAAGGUGUUGGUAUGGUAUUGCAUCGUGAACCUAUUGAUAUUUGUUGGAGCGAGGAAUUAAUCUCCAGUCGUUUUAAUAUAUCAAAUAAUGGAGAAAUAAAUCUAACUAAAUUUUUCAAUUUUAUUGAAGAUUGGACCAUUAGUGAAGCACCUUUAACUUUUAGUAAUGUAGGACCUUCACUUAAAUCACCAACUAUUAAUUUAUGUCCUCAUCAACUUUCAGCUAUUUUAUUCCACAAAACACAGUCUUAAAUUGUAUAAAGAGAAUAUUUAUAUUAUUUUAUUAUAAUCAUGAUAUAGAAAUAUUAAUUAAUUCCAUUGAUAAAAAGAAAAUUAACUAUUGCGAAACAAUAAUGUAAA